AUGUCAAAAAGUAAACGAGAGCGUCUGGAAUUUGAAAAAGCAACAACUCGAAGACGCCAAGUCUCCCGAUUCUUGGACGUAUCCGCCCAAGAAGGUAACGAUUCAGAAGACGAGGAUGAAUACGAGGAUGAGGAAUUCUACAACGAAGACGACAAUGAAAACAUAAUCGAGAAGCGGGAAUGGCCAGCGGAGUGGGUUUCCCAUUAUCAAGAGGGGGUUCAUGGUGCCGACACACCUCUUCGAGCCGUCACUCCUUUGAAUGAUGAACGCGCAAACUACCUCCAUACACCUACAUUGAGUUCUGUAUAUGACAGCGUACAGACUCCUCUUCGUUCAGAAACUCCUCUUCGUGCAGAGACCCCUCUUCGUGUAAACACUCCUCCUCUCCAUGUAAUAACCUCAACUUCACUCGUCGAUAACACCACGGCUCCGAAGAUCACCACGGAGGAGAGCGCAGAGCCACCUAGCCGGUCGCACACCCCAGAGAGGAUGACGGAACAAGGACCUCGGGUGUUUCAAAACAUAAUUGAAAUGAUCGAGGCGCGUUGUAUCAGUUCAAGUCGAGAUUCUCCUCCAACCGACAUGCCUGUAUUAUCAUCAUCUCCCUCAUCAACUUCUCUUGUGAAAAUGGAUGAUGAAACGGAAGCACCCAUGAUCCAUGGUUUUCCCUUGGACACUCUGAUUAAAUUCCUCAAUCAACCCGCUGCCUCAUCUCUGUUCUCAAGUUAUCCGUUGUUUCUGGUUCGCGUCCAGCGCGGUAAGGAGAUAUCAAUAUAUAGAAGAAUCGCGGCCGACCUCUUGCAAGAUAUUCCCUCACCAAAUCUCUUGUUCCCUCCUACCCGCACCUUAAUAGCAGGUGUCUAUCGCUCCAGGCUUCCCGGGUGGUUAUAUCUGCAAGUCCCCAACAUGUCAUCUGCGAAUACCCCUUUGGCAACCUAUCUCCACCACGUCGAGGGUUUCUUAUACAAUCGUAGGCCCAGUAAUCCUUCUGCGCAGAAAGAUCGUACGAUCUGGCGUGAUGCGAAACUUCCUGUAUUUUGGCAAACAAGUAAUUUAGGCAUGCCAAUUCAUCAUCUUAUUCCGCGCGGCGACUCUUUACUGGAACUGAACCAUGUGUCUCUCAAAUUCCCCCCCGGUUCAUGGGUCGAGAUUCGGAAUCAUCUUUACAAAGGUGACGUGGGGUGCGUCAUAUCCUCGGAUAACGACGAUCGUAUGAAAGAUGCAGGCGAAACGAUGCGUCUGGUACUUUUGAUACCGCGGCUUCCAACGAACGCCCGCAUACUUGACGAUUUUUUGAAGGAACAGAAGAAGCUUCAGAAGAGGCUCCGUCGCAGUGGCCGUGGUCGCACCUCCCUUUUUCCGAUCAGACCAGAACCCGCGCUUUUUGAUAUCGAGUUUACACAAACCUUCGCCGCGUCUGUCAAAAUCCAAAGGCCUCAGCACGUUGGUUGUUUCGAUUGCAAUGAUCCCCAAAGUUGCUUUCCGUUCCAUCGAAGUUUAUACUGGUACCUUGAACAUUUGUUAGAAGCCCGACUUACGACCGUCGUGUUGGAUGAGUCUGACAUGAAAAAGGCGCCCCCGUUUAUGGACCCAAAAUUAUUUGACAUGUUUGCAGAUUCGCGGCACCCUCUAUUAAAUUCUAUCGCUACUUCUGCUAUGCCUCCUCCCUCAAAUUGGAUCUUCGAACAACAUGACCGAGUCCGGGUUGCUCAUUUCGACGGUAAUAAGCUCCCUUUGCAUAGUAAUUUUAUGCGCUUGCAAGACCUUGAUGGUGUUCUUGAAGAGGUUUUGGAGUUGGAAUGUGUAGUCGCUUUUGGAGAAUUCGAUCGAGAGCGUAUUCCGAAAGUCUUGCUACGCAAGUCUUUCUCAGUCGGUGAUUGCGUGCAAACACCCGAUCAAGACUUUGUUGGACUUGUCAUCGGCGAUGGCGAAAAACCCUGGAGCAAGGUGGUUUUUUCUCACAGUCUGAGCUUGUCAUUUCACGUCAACGUUCUACGACAAGUGUCUGAAGGCAAAGCUCUACCUAUUCAUCAGGAUACAGGUGCUGAACAUGGGCCGAAUUUACCUUCUGGAUCUGUCAACAACUUCGCGGAGGUUAGCCCGGAGGCACCGUACAUAUCGAAACAUGAACAAAAUUCUCUGAACCGUAAACCUCUGUCAAUUGAAAAAAAUGCAAACACUCCGACCCCUCCCUGGCUGGGAUUUCGCUGUAUAUGCAUUAGACAUUCUGCACGAAAGGGAUUUCAUGCUGUCGUGAAAGAUGUUGGGAGAGAUUUGAGUUUGAAGAGCGGUCUCAAGGUCCUGAUAAGUUACGACAACCCGAACUUUCCAGAGGACUGGGUCGAUUAUGAUGACCUACGUUGUCAAGAAACUUUCAGAUUCCUGGACGAUGAUUCUAUUCAGAAGGAGGAGAAACGCGAUUCAUAUUAUCAUUUCAAAAGCGGAUAUCAACCCCGUUACACCAAGUAUGAAACGGAUGUACUUCAGGAGGCUCGACUUGCCAAUGAAAAAGCAGAUAUGGAGGCACAGUUCAAACAUUCGGCUCAUGCUGAAUUGAGCCGUGCAGUGAGCCACCCAAUUCCAACAUCUGCUGAUAAUUGGCUGUUAGAUCCACGUUUCAAGCUUUCCCUCGGAUUCUUGGAAUUUCAUGUCAUCAUUCGUCGAGGGCCUUAUGCAUCAGAUCCCCCAGAAGACAUUCCUGUCUACCUUGCGUACAACAUUGACAACGAAUUGCAAGUCUACCUCAGAACAGGCCGAAAACAAUCUGACGUUGUAACGGUGUCAAUGACAGACAUCUAUGAGCCCGGCGCGCCAAAAACUCAAAUCAUACCUCGCACCAUUGCUAGAUUGCGUGGGCUAUACAUGAUUGCUGACGGGGAGGAAGAGAGCCCUAUUCUCAAUGAGAACAUAGGAAAGUUAGUUCGUCGAAUCACACACGUCGCUGACGAUAGUCCGGAGGGGAAUGACUUGGUUGUUUGCAAGGUUGUGCGAGUUUAUAGGCUUCCUGGGAGAGGAAUGAAUUACACAGAGGAGCUUACGACGGAACCCCUUCUCACAGUCCCUCGCCGUUAUCUGGUAGAGGUAGAGGAGUCAGAAUAUAUGAGACAAAAGGGGAAUUCCCUGGUCGCACAAAUAAGGCUUAAGGCACAACCUCCAGGACAAGUGAUGCAAUUAGAUUUAGACUUCUCAGGUAGACGAACGAAGAAGAGAAAGCAUAAAGACAGGUCCUAG